CCCAAGGAGGCAAGCUUUGGAUCAGCUCACGCGGCUAAUAUAAAUACUGCGAGAGCUCAAAGCAUGCAGUUCUGAUUUCAGGUCAGCUUAGGAACCUGGAGAAAGUGGUGUUUUUUAGUCCAGAGAAGUUUGGAAGUCACCAUGGUCGACAGCCUGGACAUGGAGAAGCAACAGAAGCGUUACUGCAUCCGCAGUAAGCAUGUUGUCAUCAUGUGUGUGACGGUGGUGGUGUGCUCGUUGGCGGUGGGCCUCGGGGUGGGCCUCUCCCGGUCAGGCAACACAUCUACCAGUACCUCCACACCAGCCCCCACAGCAGUUCCUACCCAGCCCCCCCUACCUACCAGAGGGCCCUGUGCGCCUUCCGCUGACUCUAGCGGCGACUGGGUGAAUUUCCGUCUGCCCGGCUACGUGAACCCGGUCCACUACGACCUGCACCUGGAGCCGGACCUGGUGGAGGACACCUACGCGGGCACCGUGGACGUCCAUGUGAAGGUCCUGAAGCCCACGCGCCACCUGUGGCUCCACAUCAGGGAGACGUUUGUCAGCGCCCAGCCCAGGCUGAGGAUGCUGAGCAGCCGGGCCGAACCGAGGCAGGUGGCAGUGAAGGGCUGCUUCGAAUACGUUCCCCAGCAGUACGUGGUGGUGGAGGCCACAGAGGAGCUGCCCGCCACCGGCCCGGACGAGGUGUACGUACUCAGCCUGGACUUCCAAGGCUGGCUCAACGGCUCCGUUGUGGGGUUCUACAGAGUCGUCUACACCGAGGACGGGUUGACCAAGAAGAUCGCUGCGACCGAUCACGAGCCAACGGAUGCUCGUAAGUCGUUUCCCUGCUUCGAUGAACCCAACAAGAAGGCCACCUACAGCAUCUCCAUCACUCAUGACGAGAACUACAGUGCUCUGUCCAACAUGCCGCCCGAGGGAGAACCUCAACAAGUGGCUGGCAAAAAACUGAAGACCACCUUCCAGAGGUCCGUUCCAAUGAGUACCUAUUUGGUAUGUUUCGCUGUGCACCAGUUCGGCCAUGUGGAAAGAAUCUCCGCCCGAGGAAUUCCUUUGAGAAUCUACGCCCAGCCAAGUCAGUUAGGAACGGCAACGUAUGCAGCCGACACAACCAAAGUCAUCUUUGACUACUUUGAGGAAUAUUUCAACAUGACAUACUCCAUCUCAAAACUGGAUAAGAUAGCCAUCCCUGACUUUGGUACUGGUGCCAUGGAAAACUGGGGCCUCAUUACCUACCGGGAGGUCAACCUGCUGUACGAUAGAAACCAGUCGUCAUCCUACAACAAGCAGCGAGUGGCCAGCGUCAUCGCCCACGAGCUGGUUCACCAGUGGUUUGGGAACAUCGUGACCAUGGACUGGUGGGAUGACCUCUGGCUUAAUGAGGGCUUUGCGAGUUUCUUUGAGUACAUCGGUGUGGAGAAAGCUGAACCCGACUGGGGCAUGCGAGACAUCAUGCUCAUCAGCGACGUGCUUCCCGUCAUGGUGGACGACGCCCUCCUCUCCUCUCACCCGAUCAUCGUGAACGUGGCGACCCCAGCAGAGAUCACUUCCGUGUUCGACGCCAUCUCAUACAGCAAGGGAGCGUCCAUUCUUAGGAUGUUGGAGGACUGGAUGGGCAAAGACGUGUUCAGAGACGGCUGUCGAAAAUAUUUGAAAGACUACUACUUCAGGAACGCCAAAACGGCCAACUUCUGGGCAUCUCUCGCCAAUGUGAGUGGGUUGCCGGUCGCAGACGUCAUGGAUACAUGGACCAAACAGAUGGGCUAUCCUGUGCUGGACCUGUCUGUCACGGAGACGAUCACCAAACUGAGCCAAAGUCGAUUCCUCCUGGAUCCUAAUGCUAAUGCCAGCCAGCCUGCUUCACCUCUUGGGUACAAGUGGACCAUUCCAGUCAAAUGGCACUCUGUGAAGAGUGGCAACAACAUGUUGGUGAUGUUUGACAAGAGCAGCACAGAGCAUGUCCUCAGUAACUACUCGCCCUCAGUGGACGGCCUGCUGAAGGUCAACAACGAUCACAUUGGGUUCUACAGAGUGAACCACGACGGCCUCAUGUGGAACGCUAUCAGUCAACAGCUUCAGGACCAGCACUUGGCCUUUGAUGCAUCUGAUCGCACAAGCUACAUUGAUGAUGUUUUUGCUCUUGCAAGGGCAGAUGUUAUAGAUUACGGUAAUGCCUUCAAUUUGACCAAGUACCUGACUAAUGAGACGGACUACAUCGUCUGGAACCGUGUGGCCUCCUCUAUCGCAUAUGUCCAGGACAUGCUGUCAGACAACGAUGCGAUCUACCCAUUGUUUCAGAAAUUGUUUCGUGACCACGUUAAAGCAAUCACAACACAUCUUGGAUGGACUGAUAACGGAACACAGACGGAGAGGCUACUGAGAGAGACGGUGCUCAGCAUCGGUUGCCAGAUGGGAGAUCAGGAAGCUCUGAACGAAGCCUCUCGCAUUUUCGACCAGUGGAUCUUUGGAUAUAUCAGCAGCGUGGCAGUGAACCUGAGGCUGCUGGUCUAUCGAUAUGGCAUGAAGAAUUCGGGCACAGAAGCAAAGUGGGACAUAAUGUUCCAGAGGUAUAAAGACACUUCAUUGGCUCAAGAGAAGGACAAGCUGCUGUAUGGACUGGCUUCCGUGGAGAAUGUGGAACUCCUCUACAGGCUCCUGGAGGCCUCUAAAGAUGAGAGUGUGGUGAGGAGUCAGGAUCUGUUCACUGUGGUGGGAUACGUUUCCAACAACCCACUGGGGCAGAACAUGGCCUGGGACUGGACCACACUCAACUGGGACUACCUGAUCAACAGGUACACCAUCAAUGACAGGAACCUUGGUCGCCUACUGAGUCGGCUCACCACCACCUACAACACAGAGCUCCAGUUAUGGAAGAUGGAGCAUUUUUUCAGUCUAACUCCAAACGCCGGUGCCGGGAUGAUGCCUCGGCAGCAGGCGCUGGAGACGGUGAGGAACAACAUCGAGUGGAUCCGGAAGAAUGAGAAGGAGAUCGGAGGAUGGCUGGAAAACCACGUUGCCUGACCAGCCUGUGAAAUACUGCAGGAAUAUCAUAUCUGUACGAGACCAGAGCAUCCGCAGUCCCCUGUAGAUACAUCAGGCCUUCUCCCAGUCAGUUUAUACAGGAUGAGCCUCGGUUG